UCCCUCUUCAAUUCAUCCCUUCUCCCUACUUCCCAAUCCCAAAACUCAAAAAGGCUCACUCCACCAUCUCAUCCCAUCCGUUCAUCUCUCCUCUCAUCAAAAUCCAUGGCUACAGCAAGUAGUAAAAUAACCAAGCUACCAAGCUAUCCACACACACCUCUUCCAGCCUCUUUAGAUCUUAGCCGUCCAAAAAGAUCCAUCAAGCCAACAAAUCCCAACUCCCCACCAAUCCAUUCCACAAUACAAUCAUCUCCAGCUAUCCAUCUCCCAACCCCAACAUCUCCCUACAAACCCUCCAUCAAGAAAGAUAUCCCACCGCCCAAAUCAACAACAAUUCCCAAGCCAUUACACCUCCAUCACAGAAAAAAGGGCCAUAGUCCGAGCCAGCACGAACCAUGGGCUCGACCCAAGUGGAAUAUAUUCCAACGUGCCGCAGCAGUAGCGUUCGACUCGUUCGAGGACUCACUCAUCUCAGCCAUCUUAGAACGGCAGCACCCACUUCCAAAAACAGCUGACCCAGCUAUCCAGAUAUCCGGCAAUUUCGCACCUGUCGAUGAGCAACCAGCCAGCCACGGGCUCUCCGUACAAGGCCACAUACCCAGAUGCCUGGACGGCGUGUACGUCCGAAACGGAGCCAACCCACUUUUCGAACCGGCCGGUGGCCACCACUUAUUCGAUGGUGACGGUAUGAUCCACGCCGUCCAAUUCCAUAACGGCUCAGCCAGCUACGCGUGCCGGUUCACUGAAACUCGCCGGCUCGUCCAGGAACGAGCCCUUGGGCGAUCCGUCUUCCCAAAGGCUAUCGGCGAGCUGCACGGUCACUCCGGCAUCGCCCGACUAUUGCUAUUUUACGCCCGAGGACUCUGCGGCCUCAUCGAUAAUUCCCAUGGCAUUGGUGUCGCCAACGCCGGUCUGGUCUACUUCAAUGGCCGUCUCCUCGCCAUGUCGGAAGAUGACCUUCCUUACCAUGUCCGCAUCACCACGUCUGGUGAUCUUGAAACAGUAGGCCGCUAUGACUUCAACGGUCAGCUCAAUUCAACCAUGAUCGCUCACCCAAAGCUCGACCCAAUCUCAGGUGAGCUCUUCUCUCUCAGCUACGAUGUCAUCCGUCAGCCUUACCUCAAGUACUUCCGUUUCGCCCCCGACGGAGGCCGUAAAUCCCCCGACGUUGAGAUCCCACUAGACCAGCCCACCAUGAUGCAUGACUUCGCUAUCACGGAGAAUUUCGUCGUGGUACCUGAUCAACAGGUCGUGUUUAAGCUCCAUGAGAUGGUAUGCGGCGGGUCUCCGGUCAUUUAUGACAAGAACAAGACCGCCCGGUUUGGAAUUCUACCAAAGUACGACUCUGACACCUCCGGCAUGCAUUGGAUCGACACCCCGGAUUGUUUCUGCUUCCAUUUAUGGAAUGCUUGGGAAGAACCGGACACAGAUGAGGUUGUUGUAAUUGGCUCUUGUAUGACGCCGGCUGAUUCCAUCUUCAACGAAUGCGAUGAGAGCCUGAAGAGUGUUCUCUCCGAGAUCAGACUCAAUUUGAAGACAGGCAAGUCUACUCGGCGACCGAUCAUUACCGACCCAUCCAAGCAAUUGAACUUGGAAGCAGGGAUGGUGAACCGGAACCACCUAGGGCGUAAGACCCAAUUCGUGUAUCUCGCUAUCGCCGAGCCAUGGCCGAAGGUGUCCGGGUUCGCCAAGGUCGAUCUAUCGACCGGGGAUGUAAGGAAGUUCAUGUAUGGAGACAACAAAUAUGGCGGUGAGCCGUACUUUGUCGCGAGUGACCUAAAUUCAGAGCGAGAAGAUGACGGGUAUGUUCUUUCUUUCGUGCAUAAUGAGAAGACUGGGGAGUCGGAACUACAAAUAAUCAAUACCAUAAGUCUGAGUUUAGAAGCGUCGGUCAUUCUACCUUCCAGAGUCCCAUAUGGCUUUCAUGGGACUUUCAUUAGUCAUCGAGACCUGAUGAGCCAGGUCUAGUUCAUUUACUUAUGCUACAGGGUAGUGACCUCAUUGUCAAAUAUUUCUUUUUGUGAGGGGACAUUAUACCAGAGGGAUGAUUAGAUAUACAUCCCCGGAAAUCUCCCGUCAAUAAUUCUACGAGUUUUACUUGUUUUUCUCUCUCACUUUUUGUCGAGUUACAAUGUAGAAAAUCCAGCUUGUAGCGUUCUUACGCUCAGCUGAUUUUCAGUAAUUCUUUUUUUUUUUUCUUUUUUCUUGUCCAUGAGCGACCUAUGUAUCUUUUCAUGUAUAUAGUGCACUCUUUGAAAUGUUCGAUUUGAUGUUUUGUUUUAAAGGCUUUGUUUGGAUAGAUGAUCCUGCGAAAUUGAAAUUAUGUCAAACGAUGAUUUUGGUGGGCCAUGUACUCUCAAUUUCA